AUGAACAACCACCAACCACCAACCGCCUGGCAUUCGGGACGCAGGAACCCAGGAAAUCGACGUGAAGACAGCGAGGAGAAGGAGAAGACUGUCAUACCAGGAAUGGCCACUGUUGUCAUUCAGGAGCCAUACUUGCGGUCACCCGUUCUCCUCGCUCUUUGA